AUUGUCUUACAUUGACUUAAUACUUUUCCACUCUUAACUCAACACAAAGUCAUCGAUUCGACCUUUUUAACAUUGCACCGUCCCAGAUCAAUAUUGCAACGACGAUAAAUCGCAAAACUCGUACCGGCACAAUUCCGACCAGCAUAUAGGCGAACGCAGUUCACCGCUGUAUUGAUGGAUGCAACGUUGAUGCUGAGUCUGUAGCAGGAACUGUCCGACAAAUUCACUGCUAUCGGUUGGCCACGAAAUCGCUUCUGACUAUACAGUAAAACUGUUUGGCUUUGACCACCAAGUGCCAGCAAAUCACAAGAUAAUAUUAAGAGCACAACGAUUACUAUACGUGAUGAAUGCAUGACUGUCGUUGAAAGUAAACUGAGAUUAUUAUUCGAACGGUUGCCCCAUUUAUUGGCCUUUUAUAGGAUGGUUCUCUGCUGGGAGCAUUUAUGGAAAACAAACUACGUUCGUCACUGAUUUUUUUUAUGUCUUAACGAAUGGAAAUAAUAUUUUGAUGAUAAAUUUGGUGUACGAAAGCGAUUACAAAAUUUAAUUUUGUAAAACUGAUGUCGUUUACAAAUCGAUUCGGCCAGUUUUCCUAUUCCUACGAGCAAUGGGAGUGUUUCCAUAUACAAGAAUAAAGCCAGGCAGUGCCACAUUUCCUCUUAUAGCGCCAGCCAUGGGCUACUCGGUUCUAGUUUUCAUAUUACUAUUGAUCUACGUCAUUUUCAUUGCAAUCAAUCGAAUAACCAUUGUUCGAUCGUUGGAAGGAAAAUUCGAGGAAUCGGUAAUUGCAUACCUGUUUCUCGUUAAUAUUUUGCCAGUUUUCAUUAUACCAAUGAUAUGGGCCGAAACCGGACGUUUUACCGAGGUGUUAAAUGCUUGGACAGAUUUUGAGAUAAUCUACUAUAAAGUGUCCGGCAAAAUACUACCACUAAAUUUGAAAUAUACCGGAAUGUUGGUAGCGAUUUGCUUACCUCUUCUGAGCAGUUUGUCUGUAGUUGUUACACACUUAACGAUGGUUGAUUUUAAAGUGUCUCAGGUUAUUCCUUAUUGCAUCCUGGACAAUUUGACAUACAUGAUGGGUGGAUACUGGUACAUGACAUGCCAAACAAUAAGCCAUUCUGCAGGAAUUUUGGCCGAUGAUUUUCAAACGGCACUCCAGCAUAUCGGUCCAGCGGCUAUGAUAGCAGACUAUAGGGCAUUAUGGUUGAGAUUGAGUAAACUCACCCGAGACACGGGCACAGCCACCUGCAUAACAUUCACUUUCAUCAAUCUGUAUUUGUUUUUCCAAAUCACCCUAUCAAUUUACGGACUAUUGUCCCAAAUAUCAGAGGGAUUCGGCAUUAAGGAUAUUGGUUUAUUCGUUACGGCUGUGAGUAACAUCUGUCUGCUAUUUGUUAUUUGCGACGAGGCUCACAGUGCGUCACAGGCGGUAAGAACGAAUUUCCAGAAGAAAUUACUGAUGGUGGAGCUGAGUUGGAUGAACACCGAUGCGCAGAUUGAGAUUAAUAUGUUCCUCAGAGCUACCGAAAUGAAUCCGUCAGCAAUUAAUUGCGGUGGAUACUUUGAUGUGAAUCGGAAUCUAUUCAAAUCGUUGCUCACUACAAUGGUCACAUAUUUGGUGGUGUUGCUGCAAUUUCAAAUUAGCAUUCCCGACGAUACGGCAGCUAUUCAAGGAAUGCUUAACUCAACUGCUAUGGCUGCGUCGAACGCUAAUGCAUCGCGUAAUUAAUAAAUGAUUGGUUGAUUGAUUUAUAAAAACCUUUUCUA